AUGGUGGUGCCGAAGAAGACGAAGAAGACCCAUGAGAGCAUCAACACCAGGCUCGCUCUGGUGAUGAAGAGUGGCAAGUACACUCUGGGGUACAAGACAGUCAUCGACUCUCUUCGUAACUCCAAAGGGAAGUUGAUUAUAAUUUCUAACAACUGCCCUCCUCUGCGAAAGUCUGAAAUCGAAUACUACGCUAUGCUCGCCAAGGUUGGAGUUCACCACUACAAUGGAAACAAUGUUGAUCUGGGUACAGCAUGUGGAAAGUAUUUCCGAGUUUCAUGCCUUAGCAUCAUUGAUGCAGGUGAUUCGGAUAUUAUCAAGACGCUGCCUGGUGGUCAGUGA